AUGUCCAACUCCCUCGAGAAGGAGACGGCGCCUGGCCCUGCCCAGGACGCCAUCCUCGAAUCCAACAGCGAUGUCAACAGGAUCGAAGCCCCCGUCACGUGGAAGGCGUACAUGAUCUGCGCGUUCGCCUCCUUUGGUGGUAUCUUCUUCGGUUACGAUUCCGGAUACAUCAACGGUGUCCUUGGAUCGCAGAUUUUCAAGGACGCUGUCGAGUUCCCUGGCGCCGAGUCUGUUUCCGAAAGCAGGACCUCGCUCAUCGUCUCGAUUCUCUCGCUCGGUACCUUCUUGGGUGCCAUUAUUGCGGGAGAUAUUGCCGACCGCAUUGGCCGAAAGUGGACCGUCAUCGCCGGCUGCUUCAUUUACAUGCUUGGUGUCGUCAUCCAGAUGAUCACUGGUGCCGGUGAUGCCCUCGCGGCCAUUGUCGUCGGUCGUCUCGUCGCCGGUCUUGGUGUUGGUUUCGAGUCCGCUAUUGUCAUUCUUUACAUGUCCGAGAUUUGCCCCCGCAAGGUUCGCGGUGCUCUCGUUGCCGGCUACCAAUUCUGCAUCACCAUCGGUAUCAUGCUUGCUGCCAUCGUUGUCUACGCCACCAAGGAACGAUCGGACACCGGUGCUUACCGCAUCCCCAUCGCCAUCCAGUUCCCCUGGGCCCUCAUUCUCGGUGGUGGUCUUCUCCUCCUCCCCGACUCGCCCCGCUACUUCGUCAAGAAGGGCAUGGUUGAGGAGGCUGCUCUGGCCCUGGCCCGUCUCCGAGGCCAGCCCAAGGAUUCCGAGUACAUCCGUGCCGAGCUCACCGAGAUCGUCGCCAAUGAAGAGUAUGAGCGCGCUCUCAUUCCUGACACCAGCUUCAUCGGCAGCUGGGCCAACUGCUUCAAGGGUGGUCUUAGCCACGGCAAGUCCAACUUGCGCCGCACUAUUCUCGGUACCUCGCUUCAGAUGAUGCAGCAGUGGACUGGUGUCAACUUCAUCUUCUACUACUCGACUCCCUUCCUUCAGUCUACCGGUGCUAUCAAGAACACCUUCUUGAUCUCGCUCAUCUUCACCCUCGUCAACGUCUGCUCCACUCCCCUCUCUUUCUGGACUGUCGAGCGCUUCGGUCGCCGCACCAUUCUUCUCUAUGGCGCCUUCGGUAUGCUCAUCUGCCAGUUCCUCGUUGCCAUUAUCGGUGUCACCGUCGGUUUCAACAAGACCCACCCCGACCCUCUUGAUGCCAAGCUCAGCAUUGCCGACAACAUUCCUGCCGUCAAUGCUCAGAUCGCCUUCAUCGCCAUCUUCAUCUUCUUCUUCGCCUCUACCUGGGGUCCCGGUGCCUGGAUUGUCAUUGGCGAGAUCUUCCCUCUCCCUAUCCGCUCUCGUGGUGUCGGUCUCUCUACCGCUUCCAACUGGCUCUGGAACACCAUCAUCGCCGUCGUCACCCCUUACAUGGUUGGCGAGACUAAGGGUAACAUGAAGUCUUCCGUCUUCUUCGUUUGGGGCGGUCUUUGCACUUGCGCCUUUGUCUACACCUACUUCCUCGUUCCCGAGACCAAGGGCCUGAGUCUCGAGCAGGUCGACAAGAUGUUGGAGGAGACCACCCCCAGGACCUCUGCUGCCUGGCGACCUACUACCACUUUCGCUACUACCAUGCACAUGGAGAAGCCUGUGGCCGAGCACGUCUAA